AUGGCAGGCGCGAACUUCACCCUAGUGACAGAGUUCCUGCUGAUUGCCUUCACUGAGUUUCCCAAUUGGGGGCUCCCUCUCUUCCUCUUGUUUUUGUCUCUCUACCUCCUCACUGUAACAGGGAACUUGGGGAUGAUCAUUCUGAUCCGCGUGGAUCGCCGGCUCCACACCCCGAUGUACUUCCUUCUGAGUCACCUGUCUCUGGCAGACAUCUGCUACUCCUCUGUCACUGUCCCUCAGAUGAUGGCUGUGUUGUUGCAGCAUGGGGCGGCUUUGUCCUACUCUCGCUGUGUAGCUCAGUUCUUCUCCUUCACCUUCUUUGGUUCCAUCGACUGCUACCUCUUAGCCCUCAUGGCCUAUGACCGCUAUGUGGCCGUGUGCCGGCCCUUGCUGUAUGUCACCAUCAUGACACAGAAGGUCCGUCUAGGUUUUGUGGCUGGAGCUUACGUGGCUGGUCUCUUCAGUGCGCUGGUGCGGACGGUCUCUGCCUUCACUCUCUCCUUUUGUGGAAACAACGAGAUUGACUUCAUUUUCUGUGACCUUCCUCCACUCUUAAAGCUGAGCUGUGGGGACAGCUACACCCAGGAGCUGGUCAUUGUUGUGUUUGCCAUUUUCGUCAUCCCCGUGAGCAUGGUGGUGAUCCUGGUGUCCUACCUGUUCAUCAUCGUGGCCAUCAUGAGGAUCCACUCUGCGGGAGGCCGGGCCAAGACCUUCUCCACCUGUGUCUCCCACCUCACUGCAGUGUCACUCUUUUUUGGCACCAGCAUCUUCAUGUACCUGGGAGGCAACUCUAACCGGUCCUCAGAAAGGGAUCGGGUUGUGUCUGUGUUCUACACCACAGUGAUCCCCAUGUUAAACCCCUUCAUCUACAGCCUGAGGAACAAGGAGGUGAAAGAGGCUGCAAGGAAAAUUGUCAGCAGUGCCAAGCUGCCCUAG